GCCUCUUCUUCAGUGUGCUGUACUCUAGAUGCAGUCUCCCGCCAAACCCGUGUCACAAAGACGACGCGCACGCAUUCCUCUAUCGUGUGACCCCUGCCGCACGCGAAAACUCAAAUGCAAUCGGGAAUACCCUUGCCAGAAUUGUAUAGCUCGUGAUGAGCAGUCAGCAUGUCACUUUAAGGGGGCCAAGAUCGGCUCUCUUUCGAAUGCCCGGCGUGAGACUCAGGCCGAUCCCAUGCGCCAACGGAUCGACCAGUUGGAAAACAUGGUGAAGAGACUCAUUGCCCACCAGCCACAGAUACCACAGGAGGCCGCUUCUUUGAUACCCGAAAGCCCUAAGCUUGGCAACCUGGUCGCAUCCGGUACGCAAGAUGUAGCCUCCGCAGGAAAGAUAGUGCUGGAUGGCGCACAUUCAGUCUAUCAAGGUGGCAAUGAUUGGUAUGAUGUGUUAGAGGAGAUCAAUGAACUCCGAAACACAUGGGACCAGGCCCAAGAUGACCGACUGAACCAUCGAAUUCCUCCCCCACAGUCGCAACUAGCUGACGGAUCGAGCCUGCUGUUCGGCCAAGUGAAGCCCAUAGAUCGAAUCGAGAUUCUAGCCACUCUCCCACCCCAGCGUGAAAUAAACCAUCUCGUGGCCAUCUUCUUCGACCGCCCAAACUUUCCAAUCGCCGUUCCUCCCAUCAUUCACGAGCCGACUUUCAUGCGGGAGUAUCACGAGCAUUGCAAGAACCCAUCCCAGGCCAACUUCAUCUGGCUGGGACUCUUAUUCUCUAUUCUUGGUAUCGUCAUGCUAGCCUAUCACCAACACGGCGAGCCACCGGAGUAUGGUGGCCUCUCGGAAUCUCUCUUCCAACUGUACCGCAUCCGCACGGCGCAGUGUCUCCUGAGUGGCGACAUCGCCAAAUGCCUCCCCUAUACCGUGGAGACCCUACGCUUCAACGCCACCGCCGAGCUCAACCGCAAGGACGACAACCGCCGCGGCCUUUGGAUCAUGACCGGCGUACUAGUUCGCACGGCCAUCAACAUGGGCUACCACCGCGACCCCGCCCACUCGUCACCCCCGAUUUCCCCCUUGCAAGCAGAGUAUCGUCGCCGCAUCUGGCUCGCCGUGAUCAGCAUGGACAACAUGACCUCGUUCGGCGCGGGCCUCCCUCGCAUGCUGUCCGCCAUAUGCUCCGACACAAGGGAGCCACGCAAUCUGCACGACUGGGAGCUCCCCGCCAAUGCUGCCAUGGAUCUUCCUCCCACCCGACCAUUAACCGAACCCACCCCGGUGACCUACCUCAUCGUCAAGGGCCGUCUAUGCCACGCCCUCGGCCGCGUCGCAGACCUCACGUGCAACCCUACCCCAAGCAACUACGCGGAUGUCCUCGCGACCGACCGCAUUCUAUCCGAAGCCUACGACAGCUUCCCUCCGCACAUGCAGCCACCGCCAGCAAGAGCAGCAGCAGCAGCUCCGCCGCAGCUUCAGGAGCAGCUCCGCCUUUCCUACGCACAGAUCGGACUGGGGGCCAUCUACCACCGGGCGAUGUGCACCCUGCACCGUCGGUUCCUGGUCCCGGCCAAGACGAACCCGCACUACCGAUUGUCGCGGGAUCGGUGCCUCGCCUCCGCCCGCGCGCUGUUGGCCGCCCAGCGCGAUCUGUCCGAGCAGUGGUACCGGUUCGCGCACACGCGGCAGACGCUCACCUUUGCGGCGAUGGUGGUCUUCCUCGAGCUGGAGCUGAUCCGCAAUUUCCCCGGGGCGGAGGAGGCGGUCGAGCAGCCGGAUCUACUACAGGACCUGGAAACGUCGGUGGCGCUGUGGGAGGUGAAUCAGAAUUCCUGCGACGAGGCUGGGAGGCAGUGGCAGGUCCUUGCUGGGAUGCUGGAGGGUGCUGCAUGGGAUUCUUACAUUGAAGAUGCUGGUUUUGCAUCGGGACCAAUCUACUAA